AUGGCAAAGGCUCUCGGUGAUUGGCCCAUCGCGCGCAGAGCCCGGCGACAUCUUGGGACGCCAAGAAGUCGGAGUUUGCCGGUGAGAGGCCGAUUCCUUCCACAAAGUUUCCACUCCCUCCAAAACUCAACCGUUUGUCUGACGCCAAGCAGGACCAGGACUAAAUCGUUCGUGCCGUCGGUAGGACCACCAUAUGCGGAACACGGGGCGCGCAUGGUCGGCACAUUGUGUGCAAUUUCCCCCGCUCAUGCGACAGACGAUCAGCAGCAGACGGUUGCAACGUCGGGCUUCCCCGCGCCGUGGUUGACUCGAUGGCUAACUCUGUAUGGAGCGCAUGAUGUAGCGUGUCUUGGCCACAGCGGUGCUUAUCUCCCUCAAUUCCUGUCGGAUGUCCGGUGGAAAAACGUGGCAAGUGAGGCAAUUGUGCCAUUCGAUCAGGAUGGGGGAAAGGAUGGAAUCAUGACUGCCUCUGAUCCGACAGCUGAUGCUCACGGCGCGACAGUACUAGUAGAGACUCGAGAGACAUUCCUAAUUGGGGGUGGAGUUCAUAGCCGACCGGCUCAAGCCGCCCAGAACAGGUCAAAGGCGGAGUUGCCUGGACUGAUCAUCCGGGCUAUCGUAUGGAGUAGUGGCAUCAGGCAAUCUCUGGGGCAGCAGAGCGCGGAAGGAGCGCGACCCGUUCAGGUUAAGUAUCCUGACCCCCUCCGAACACCCCCCGAUGCCGCAAGAGCUCGGCCGGGAGCCAAGCCAUCUGGAUUCGAGGCUCUAUCAAUCAGCUUGUUCGAGAUGGUGUGUACGGCAGCUUAUUGGGCAUCAAACAACGCUUUAUUGCUCUUAAGGUAG